AUGCCUGUUUGUGCAUGUCUCUCCCAUCCCCAUUCUCCAGUGGGGUCGUACCCUUACCACUCCUUCAGCUGUGUCCCUGUUGGUCCCUGUGUGGUGAAGGUCUGGGGCGCCAACAGCACAUGCGUUGUGAACAGCAGUGGGGUAGCAUCCUGUCCCUGUGCGGUCAAGGCCUGCAGCGCCAACAGCACGUGCGUUGUGAACAGCGGUGGAGUGGCGGCCUGUGUGUGUGACGCAGGCUUCGUGCUGCAGGCCAAUGGCAGGACGUGCAUUGAGCCGUGCUCUAUCUGUGACGGCAACCAUGCAUGUGUGAAGGACGCUGCGGGUGCAGUGACCUGUGUGUGCAAAUACGUGAUACUCACCUCUCACCACUUCUCACCUCUCACCACUUCUCACCUCUCACCACUUCUCACCUCUCACCACUUCUCACCUCUCACCACUUCUCACCUCUCACCACUUCUCACCUCUCACCACUUCUCACCUCUCACCACUUCUCACCUCUCACCACUUCUCACCUCUCACCACUUCUCACCUCUCACCACUUCUCACCUCUCACCACUUCUCACCUCUCACCACUUCUCACCUCUCACCACUUCUCACCUCUCACCACUUCUCACCUCUCACCACUUCUCACCUCUCACCACUUCUCACCUCUCACCACUUCUCACCUCUCACCAAUACUCACCUCUCACCACUUCUCACCUCUCACCACUUCUCACCUCUCACCACUUCUCACCUCUCACCGCUUCUCACCUCUCACCACUUCUCACCUCUCACCACUUCUCACCUCUCACCACUUCUCACCUCUCACCACUUCUCACCUCUCACCACUUCUCACCUCUCACCGCUUCUCACCUCUCACCACUUCUCACCUCUCACCACUUCUCACCUCUCACCACUUCUCACCUCUCACCACUUCUCACCUCUCACCACUUCUCACCUCUCACCACUUCUCACCUCUCUCCACUUCUCACCUCUCACCGCUUCUCACCUCUCACCGCUUCUCACCUCUCACCACUUCUCACCUCUCACCACUUCUCACCUCUCUCCACUUCUCACCUCUCACCACUUCCCACCUCUCACCACUUCUCACCUCUCUCCACUUCUCACCUCUCACCGCUUCUCACCUCUCACCGCUUCUCACCUCUCACCACUUCUCACCUCUCACCACUUCUCACCUCUCUCCACUUCUCACCUCUCACCACUUCCCACCUCUCACCACUUCUCACCUCUCGGGCCCACUCGACAGUCUUCUCUCGAAUGACUGCUCUGGCCUACCGCACACACAGCACCACAUCGUCAGCUCACCCCACACGAUCCCCCCCUCUCUCCCCCGCUCCUCCUGCCCUCCCCACAGACCCCCCACGUGUGGGGCAUGCCCUGCAGGACCUGCCACGUGUGGGGCAUGCCCUGCAAGGGCCACUUGAAAGACCUGCUUCGUGUGGGGCCUGCCCUGCAGGAGCUGUGUGCACGCCUCUCCCAUCGACCUGGCCUUCUUACUGCAUGUGCGCUCCUGGUUACGGCAUGACCAGCACUGGAUGCGUGCAAGGGGCCACCCCCACCGUCUCCUCCACCAGCUUCACCUUCUAUGAUCACCCCAACUUCACCAUAACUCGCUUCAUAUCCACUAUGCGGGUCCACUGGGAUGGCUGCACCGACAUCACUCUCCCCCGCGCCUCUGAUGUCCUGUCCUACACCCGCAUAGAGCCGGCCCCGGGUGGGAUGGGAAAUUGCACAAAUGUGUGUGCGUACUAUGGGUAUGGGUGUGCCGGAGCGUGCAAUUCAUUGUUCAGCUUGGCGGGUGCACCUCAGAUCGGCGUGUGGACCAUCCC